UCCAACCGCGUGAAGACGGGGCAGAUCGCCAACUGCGCGCUGCCGUGCCACAACCCCUACUUCAGCCCCGACGAGCGCGCCUUCACCGCCUUCUGGAUCGGCCUGUGGUCCGUGCUCUGCUUCCUCUCCACCUUCGCCACCGUCUCCACCUUCCUCAUCGACAUGGAGCGCUUCAAGUACCCCGAGCGGCCCAUCAUCUUCCUGGCCGCCUGCUACCUCUUCGUCUCGCUGGGCUACCUGGUGCGCCUGGUGGCCGGCCACGAGAAGGUGGCGUGCAGCGGCGGAGCGGGGGCGGGCGGCGCGGG